AGGAGUAUUUUUUUCCCUCUUCACCUUACAUAUUGUCUAUUGCUGUUUCAAUGCAUACCAACAACACUCAACAACAAAAAGAAAGAACAAGAAUCACAAAAACACCAUAAGCUUCAGCAAGAACCCCAUUUUCAAUAACAAGUUUUCAGCUUUUGAAGGGGGAAAAAAAAAAUGCUUGCCUCAUUUUCUUCCAUCAAUGCUUCAAGAUCUCUCAUCUACACCUCCACUUUCCUUUUCAUUGUCUUCCCACGUUUUUCCUCUGCUUGUGGUGUCAAUGAUGGUCCAGACCAUCUUCUCUUGACGUUUCAACAUCUGGAUUGAAGAAUGCCUGCUUUGAAGUCCUCAAAGAUCUGUGGAAUAAGUUCUUGCAAUUUUUCUGCUUUUGGGUAUUCAGUGGCUUCAUGAUGAAAUUAGGUUCUCAAGAAAAUGACUUCUCCCUGGAGCAAAGUUUGGACGGAAGUUUCAGGAAUUUCAUAUCUGGUUUUUCUCACAAUGAUAACGAUCUAUCUCCGGGGCAAAGCUUGGAUGGAAGUUUCCGGAAGUCUAACUCUGUUAUCUCUACUCAUAGUAUCUCUGGCAUUUCAGCUUCAAGCAAGUUUGUUCCUACUUCCAAAAGAGUGUUUAAAGGGCUAAAGGACUAUGGAAGGAAACUCGUCAACCUAGAACUUUUCACAGAGAGUCUUGAGGAUUGGGUUCUUGAGAAUUCAUGUGCAGAUUCAGCCGAUGAUGAGCAGUUCUUCGAUUGUCCCUUUUUGAUUGAUGAACUGUGCAAGCUUGAUUUGGCAUUGGAGGGCGUUUUAUUUCAGCAGUUGUUCCGCAUGCCAUGCUCACCUUCUCUAACUGAUGAUCUUAAAGAAGAGGAGUAUCUUGCACUAGAAGACUUCCUUCAUGUUGUCGCCAAUGGCUUGUGGCGUACUUUUUGGCAUAAAAGUGGACCCUUGCCAUUCUUUGUAUCUUGUCCACGUCAUCCUGGAUCUAAGUUUUAUACUGUAGAAAAGGCAAUAUCAAGGGGAAGGCUUCAGGAGCUAAGUGGUUUAGCCUUAUUGUCGAAAACUAGUAGUAAUUUGCAAGUUCACUGGGAUCAGGUGGUGGAGUUUGUGUUAUUUAAGUCAGAUAUACUGUCAGGAAAUGAGUUGAAAUUAUCUGCUCACACCAUUUGUGAAGCCUUAUUUUAUGGUUUUCAUAUACUUGUUUCUAGGAGUUUGAGCAAGAUCAGUACUAUUAACAGUGAUUCAGUUUUCCUUCUGGUUCUGGAUUCUAAAUAUGGAGCGGUGGUAAAACUUGGUGGUGAUCUUGGCAAACUUGAUUUAAACUCAUCUAACCCAUACCAGGCCGUGGCUGAAUGGAUAAAAGCUCAUGCUGAAGUUUGUGUUUCCUCAGUGGAUCGGAUAUGGAACAAACUGGGGAAUGCAAAUUGGGGAGAUCUGGGGACCCUGCAAGUACUUUUGGCAACUUUUUACUCCAUAGUUCAGUGGAAUGGACCACCACGAAAGUCGAUAGCCUCAUUAGCCUCAGAUCAUAGCCUCCGCCUUCAGAAACGUAGGAUAGAGUGUCGCCUUAGUGAUCAGAAUGAAACUGCAAUUGUUCCCUUCCAACAGUCUACCCACCAACAUGGAGAGAUUGUUGAACUUGACCAGAAUGAUAAUUCAUUUCUGAGAAAACAGGCAUUGCGUUUGAAGCUAAAGAAGGGAGAGAUAUUGCUCUUGGAUGAUCAACGGCACGGGCAGAAAAGUUUCCAAAUACAGGAGUCUCUGUUAGGAGGGAACUCAUUUCUCUACAGUGCUGUUUCUCUUGAUUAUCCCACAGAGUUGUUGUCCUUAUAUGUAGGUGCCCAUCCAUCCAGACUCGAGCCAUCUUGGGAGGAUAUGAGUCUGUGGUACCAAGUACAGAGGCAAACAAAAGUACUAAAUAUUUUGAAGCAGCAGGGAAUUUCAAGCAAAUAUUUGCCUGAUAUAAUGGCCUCUGGCCGCAUUUUACAUUCUGGUUCCUGCAAGAAGCAGAGCCCGGGAGGGCGAUGUGAUCAUCAAUGGUGUGGGACUCCAAUACUUGUGACAUCUCCAGUUGGGGAGCCACUUACAUCUGUUGUUGCUCGGGAAGGCUCGUUCUCCUCUGAGGAAGCAAUCCGCUGCUGCCGCGACUGCCUAGCUGCUCUCAGAAGUGCAGCUAUGGCCAGUGUCCAGCAUGGUGAUAUUUGUCCAGAAAACAUAAUACGUGUUGUUGACAUGCAAGGUCCAAGAAACAGAUUUUUUUAUGUCCCGAUAUCAUGGGGACGUGCAGUUUUGGAAGACAGGGAUAGCCCAGCUAUAAAUCUGCAGUUCUCAUCGUCUCAUGCGCUUCAGCAUGGGAAACUUUGUCCAGCAUCUGAUGCUGAAAGCCUCGUUUACCUCCUCUUUUUAAUCUGUGGGGGAAGUAUAGAGCAACAGGAUUCUAUUGAAUCUGCUUUGCAAUGGAGGGAGAGAAGCUGGGCAAAGCGUUUUAUUCAACAGCAGCUUGGUGAGGUUUCAGCUCUCUUAAAGGCAUUUGCGGAUUAUGUGGAUAGCCUUUGUGGAACCCCAUAUCCAGUUGACUAUGAUAUAUGGUUGAAAAGAUUGAAUAGAGCCGUGGAUGGCUCAGAUGACAGAGGUAAAACGAUUGAAGAAGUAGCCAUAACUUUGAGAUUAGAGGAUGUAGCUGAGUCUUCAGGAACCUCUGGAGGUGGCCCUUGAGUUUUAUGCAAAGGCAGGGAUGAGCUUUGGAGGUUUGCUCUUUGUAAGUACAUUUUCUCCAAAAAGCUCUUGGGAUUCUAAGAUUUACAGUUCCAUAAUUGCUCAUAUUGAAGCUAAGCUGAUUGCAAUUUGAUGAAACCCUGAUUGCUGUUUCUAAUACAUUGUAAAUUUACUUUUAAGUUGUAAUUAUACACCAAGUCUUGUCCUUUAUGGGCUUCUGCUA